GGUAUAUGAAGGCCCGUCACAGGUAAACUAGCGGGGAAGAGGGAAUAACAAACAAACAAAAUUGUGAUAACCUUGGUGGUGAUUUUACCAGACAAACACAGCAGGGGAACAGGAAAAGAUUAUAUGAACAAACGCAGAGAACAUUUGACGCCGCCGAUACUUAGAACGUGAGGGACUUGAUGUUAUGGCUCUGGGGACGUUUCAUGCUCUACAGUUCAAGACUUGCAAUGUUUUUGGGACUUGUAUAGUAUAUCCUUCCAAGUUUCUUUCUUUGCACACAACUAAUGUACAAUUGAAGCAGUCUAAGAUCGAGGCGAGGAACAAUACUCGAACCGAAAGUCCUAAAAUUCGAAAUAGACGAAUUAGAAAAAAGUUUAAUGGUACACCUACAAGACCAAGGCUUUCAGUAUUCUGCUCCGAUAAGCAGUUAUAUGCUAUGCUGGUUGAUGAUCAUAACAAGAAGAAUCUGUUUUAUGGCAGUACGCUGCAGAAAGCAAUGCGGGAUGAUCCUUCCUGUAGCACUGUUGAAGCUGCAAAACUAGUUGGUGAAGAGCUUGUCAAGGCUUGCAUUGAUCUGAACAUCAAUGAAAUUUCCUCUUAUGACCGUAAUGGAUGUGUUCGCGGUGCAAAGAUGGAAGCCUUUGAGAUUGCAAUUUCACAUCAUGGAUUCCUAACUGAAUAGGUCUGUCGCUGGUAUUUCUAACCUGUUGUAUUCAAACAUGCUUAGAACUUUAUGUAAAAGUUACAUUAUCUGAAAUAUCUGAAAAUGUCAACACAGGAAUCUCUAUAUGUAUCCUAUGCCUUUUAAAUCAUAUUCACAACCGAUACCCGUUCCAGUA